AUGGAAGAUAUUGUGAGCGAAGUACCAAUCAUCAGCGUGAAGCGCCUGCAUCGGUUUGUGGAAGGAAACAGAAUUCCGGCAAACCGCAUCAGCGUAAGGUUUCGAGCAAACACUUUGCCGGAUCGUAUCCGGCUUUUCUUCUGCUGUAGUAGAGUACGGCCCUUCAAUCAGAAGUUGAUUGCAUGCGGAAAGUGUCUCAGAUUUAACCAUAGUGAGUCGCGCUGUAAGGGGAUUCGAAGGUGCAAAAAAUGCUCCGGGCAACACGAGACUGAAGAGGAGUUUAAACACUGUAACAAUAAGCCGAGAUGCGCGCACUGCAAAUCAGAAGAACACUCGAUGGAAGAUGAGAAGUGCCCGGAAAAAGUCAGACAGAAAAAUAUCAAAAUGUUGAUGGCGAAAUCAGCAGUCACGUUUGCUGAAGCAAAAGAAUGUUUCCCUCUACGAACGCAGAACACUUAUGCUCCACUUGAGGACAUCAGCGAAUUCCCAGCAUUGGGCGAAUCGUAUGCAGCAACACAACACGGAGAUUCACUACGAACGCAAUGGCAGAAAACAAACCUGGAAAGAGAGAAAAUCAAACCUGCAGUGAAGACGUACCCGGACCAGCCGAAAAAACAGACGAAGGGAACCAAACGACCACGCCAAGAAGGUCAAUCCGAAGAAACAACAAACGCGACGAAGACAACCAGCGAGCGAAAUCGAAUUAUCAGCAACGUAACCGGUCAAACUAUGGACGGCGCAGCGAUGAACAACCAAAGGGACAACAUCGAAAAGGAAAAGGGCGGCUAG